GCCAGCACUCCUCAACUCGCCGUCAGGUCUGGUAUUAGAAUAAAUAGACAGAAAGUUGUUUACUCAUGAGAGACAACUUCAACUUCUGAUGAUGUGGAAAAUCUUUGCCGGGAUCCUCUGCAUUACAAUGGUGUCGGCCUCGUGCCCAAAGGACUGUCGCUGUCCCCUUGACGUCCCCACAUGUGCAGCUGGAGUCAGUCUCAUGCUGGACAGAUGUGGAUGCUGUAAGGUUUGUGUUCGGCAGCUUUUUGAAGACUGCAACACCUCGCAGCCAUGUGACCACACGAAGGGACUGGAGUGCAACUUUGGAGGUGGAUAUGAUUCUGCUAAAGGCAUCUGUCGAGCUAAAUCAGAUGGAAGAACUUGCGAGUACAACAACAAGAUUUACCAGAAUGGAGAAAUCUUCCGUCCGAACUGCAAACACCAGUGCACUUGCAUGGAUGGGGCUGUGGGAUGUGUCUCUCUGUGCCCACGUGAGCUCAUGCUGCCCAAACUGGGUUGUGCCAAACCCAAAAGGGUCAAGGUGCCAGGACGGUGCUGCGAACAACUAGUCUGCCCCAAGGAAGAGAUUUCUCCACUGAAGAAUCACAGAAAGAAGGACAGCAAAUACAGAAUGUUUGAAAACGACUUAACCAACCAGUAUGAGUUGGCCCCUGUGUGGAGAGGAGAAUCUGAGCUUUCAGCAGCCUUCAGGAGUCACCCAGUGAGCCACAUCUUUGCCAGAGGAUUCAAGUGUGUGUCUCAAACUACGGCCUGGUCACCCUGCUCCAAUUCCCGUGGCACCGGAGUGUCCACCAGGCUGACCAACAACAAUACUCAGUGCAAACUCGUGAAAGAGACUCGGAUCUGUAAAGUUCCCCCCCACAAACACAUGACCUCCGUCAGAUUGAAGAAAGGUCAGAGGUGCAACCACAUGGAAAAGGCCGGCCGCCCUGUAAAACUCUCCCGCUCAGGUUGUCGUAGCCUGAAAAAGUUCCAGCCCAGAAACUGCGGGUCGUGCUCAGAGGGGCUGAGAUGCUGCAGGCCGCAUCGGACUCAAACGAUAGCCGUGCGCUUCAGAUGCAAAAAUGGAGAAACUUUCAGCAGGAUGGUGAUGAUGAUUCAGUCUUGCAAGUGUAGCUGCUUCACCAACAAUGACGCAAAGUCACCUGCCCUCCACAGACUUGUUAAUGAUAUACAUUAAGAUAUCAACUUCUAAAUUUUAGUGGGAAUAAAAAUCCAUUAAAGCAACACUAUGCAACGUUUCACCAAGCAGCCUCUAAACUAGUUUGAUGGUUGAUUGAUUUGGAGCAGAGAUAAUGAUGUCGCUAACAUUCCCACUCUUCACCCUGAACACACUAUUCAUGAGGAAACUUUUGUAUUGUAAAGAUUCCCCAUUCUGUUUAUUUGUUACAGCAGCAACUCUUGGAGGACUCAGGAGGCCAGAGAUAGAUGGUCGUUGAGUUGUGUUUCUGUUCAGUCAGAGAUUGAUGGAGUUUUUUUUCUUGCCACGAAAACCAGUUACUCGCUCAGAUAUGGAGCCCAACUGAAUCACCACAUGUGUGUCUACAGAGGGCGCUGUUGCUCAAAGUUACAUAGCGUUGCUUUAAGUAUUGACUGACAGAACAAUACCUGGCAGGACGAAUUUGAUGAACAAUGUUGUUCAUUAUUCUGCUUCAUAACACUGGAGCCUUCGAUUUGCUUCUUCGUGAAGUGUUGUAUUUAUAUUCAUCAGAUUCUUAUCUUUCCUUUCCAUAAUUUCUGAUUUUUGAUAAGACAUAUCACUAAUAUGUUUAAGGACAUUCAACAUGUUGCAUUAAAUGAUGUAAAAACUAUGGCAGCUAUUAAAUAACAUAAUGUUACUCUGUUUUUUGUUUGUAUACUGAACCUUUUCAUUUUAUUUAUGACACUUUGUUUUUUCAUACUUCAUGUAUUCCUAUAUUGAAUCAUAGUAAAGUGCAGUAAUAUUUGUUUGCAAUAUUUGUCUGCAUUUGCUUGUGUGUCUGUCAAAUGUUGAAAUAUGACCCUAAGGCCAGGAAAACUGUGUUGUAUGUAAAAGAUGAAAUAACUGCCAUAUUGUCCAUUUUAUUCAUAAUUUUUCACAAAUAAAUGCAAAGAAGCCCAAUACAGUCUAGCAAUUAUUUUAUAGUAUUGACAAAUGUAAAAACAUAGUUCAGCUGUUGCAGUGAUAAAUAAACUGGAGCUUCUUAGUUGACCCACUUCUGCAGAGACCUACAUGUCUCCAUGUCACUGAGUAGUUCAGCCAAUGACUGUAACAUAAAACAGAGUGGUU